CUAGUUAGUUACAGCUCUCUCCCUACUUCUUCUCCUCCCCUCCUGCUGCUCUUAUAGCUGUGUGAGGCAGAGAUAAUGUGUGCAGUAUUCAGAACAGCAUGUGCAUGUGUGUGAGUGCAAGGGAGAUCUGAUCUCUUUCCCUCUUUUGUCUGCUUUGCAGCUGCUUUAUAUUUCUCCCUUCCUGCACAGAAACUCUUUUUACUUUCAUCUGCCUCCCAAUCCAGUGGGCUCCUUUUAGUAAGAAGCUCAUGCUUGAUUGUACUUAUAAAGGGAUCUUAUUUGCACCAAUAACACUUAAAAAAAAAAAUAACAAAAAAAAAAACAGUCUUUUACUGCUGAAGGAAUAUUUGAUCCCAAAGUCAUAAUUUUCCCUUUUUUGCCCCCCUUCAAUAAAUCCACACAGGCGACGGUGGAAAGAAAAAAAAAAAGCAAAGUUGUUCCCUGGGCAGUGAUUCACUAACUUUGCUGGAAAAAAACUAGGGAAAGCAAGCAACACACAUUGGCAGAUUUAAGGCAUUUUCAGCGUCUGCUCCAUGUGUUUAGACCAUUAAGUGGAUGGGGCAAGAAAAAGGGAUGGGACUGCACUGCAACCGCUGCCUUGUCUAUCUGUUCUUGUGUAUCGUGUCAUGUAAGAUCUGCACAGGUCUGGGCUUGCCCUUCCAAUGGGAUGAGGAAUCAGAGGUGGUUUUUCCAACAGUCUGGGGCUCUCAGGAGUUGAGACAAGUACGACAAGGAGGAAAGAAUGUUGUGGGACUGGAAAUUCCUGAACCUUAUAGAAACCACAGUACUGAGGAUCUACCAAAUAACCAGGCUGUUAGUUCAAGAGAGGUACGAUCCGUAUCCUCUUCAUCUACUCCCACUUUCUUUCACCAGCAAAUGGAUCAAGAAGAAGAGAAUUAUUAUGAACAUGACUCUCAUGAGUUUUAUCACUUUUCUCCAUUUCCUUGGUUUUCUGGAACAAAUAACAAAAAUACAUCUCCUCCAAGUAUGUCAGACGCAUCAUCACUUUCAUAUCCUCCUCAGGACAAGCCCACUAGUUCUUCACAACAAUCAGUGGAUGGUAGCGGAAAACUGAAAAUAAAGAUCUCUGCCUUUGGGAGGGAAUUGUAUUUACUACUGAAGAGGGAUAAUCACUUUUUGUCUCCAGGAUUUGUGGUGGAGGAAAGAAGGAGGGAGAAGAGGGAGUUUUUAAAUACUGGAGAUAUUGACAGAAACUGUUACUAUAGCGGUACUGUUCUCCGCCAUCGUGGCUCAUUUGCUUCCUUCAGCAUAUGUGGUGGAUUGAUGGGCUUUAUACAGAUUAAUGAUGAGUUCAUAUACAUUGAACCUGUAAAUCAGACACACACUGCAGAUGGCCACGCGCAUCGAGUUUACAGGAGAAAAAGAACCGCAGAAGAAAAAGCAACAGAAAAUAAAACUUCACAUUAUCCAUAUUGUGGAGUAGCAGAAAAAAGAAAAGCUAAGAACUACAAAGUUUCAGAGACUGGAAGGGGAAAGAGAUACUCUUUCAAGCAAAACCAGGAAUAUAACAUAGAGACAGUUGUAGUUGCUGAUCCCGCUAUGGUUUCCUAUCAUGGAGCAGAGGCAACUAGAAAAUUUAUUCUCACUAUCCUAAACAUGGUAUACAACCUAUUUCAGCACAAAAGUUUAGGAGUACAAAUUAAUCUCCGGGUUACAAAACUAGUUCUUCUCCAUGAAACACCGGCAGAUAUGUAUAUAGGACACCAUGGGGAAAAGAUGUUGGAGAGCUUUUGUAAAUGGCAGCUUGAUGAAUUUGGGAAAAAAAAUGAUGUCCACAUGGAAAUGUCUACAAGCUGGACAGAAGAAUAUUCGGCUGUAGAUGCUGCAGUUCUUAUAACAAGGACGGAUUUCUGUGUCCAUAAAGAUGAACCAUGUGAUACAGUUGGUAUUGCAUAUCUAAAUGGAAUGUGCAGUGAUAAGAGAAAAUGCAUAAUCGCGGAAGAUAAUGGGCUAAACCUUGCUUUUACUAUUGCUCAUGAGAUGGGUCAUAACAUGGGUAUCAAUCACGACAAUGACCACCCAUCCUGUGCAGACGGCCUUCACAUUAUGUCAGGAGAAUGGAUCAAGGGGCAGAAUCUGGGAGAUGUUUCAUGGUCCAGAUGUAGUCGAGAAGACCUUGAAAGAUUUCUAAGGUCAAAAUCCAGUAACUGUUUGCUACAGACAAAUCCCCAAAGCAUCAGCUCUGUCAUUAUUCCUUCCAAGCUGCCAGGCAUGACGUAUACAGCAGAUGAACAAUGUCAAAUUCUCUUUGGACCGACAGCAUCCUUUUGUCAAGAAAUGCAGCAUGUCAUUUGUACAGGACUUUGGUGCAAGCUGGAGGGGGAUAAAGAGUGUAGAACAAGAAUGGAUCCUCCGAUGGAUGGAACAGAAUGCAGCACAGAAAAGUGGUGUAGAGUUGGAGAAUGCACCAGCAUGACUUCAUCCUCAGAACACUUGUCUGGAGAAUGGAGUUCUUGGAGUACUUGCAGUAGAACGUGUGGCACAGGAGUUCGAAGUAGGCAACCAAAAUGUGUAAGCCAGAGCACUGAGGGACGUCAAUGUAAUGAUCCGAAAUUCCAGUAUAAAAUAUGUGAGAAUCCAAGAUGUCCUCCUGGAGUCCCUGAAUUUAGAGACUGGCAAUGUCAGACCUUCAGCUUCAGAUCCUCCUACCCUAACCAUAAACAUCGCUGGCAUGCUGUCAUUAAUGAAGAGAAACCUUGCACACUGUUCUGUUCUGCCCUUGGAAAAGACCAGCCUGUCCUGGUGGCAGAGAAAACUUUGGAUGGAACUUCCUGUGGACAGAAUGGGCUGGAUAUGUGCUCCAAUGGAAGGUGCCAGAAAGUUGGCUGUGAUGGAAUAUUGGGCUCUUUAUCCAGGGAAGAUCAUUGUGGUGUAUGCAAUGGCAAUGGGAAAUCAUGCCGUGUUAUUAAAGGAGACUUCAAUCACACAAGAGGAGCAGGAUACGUGGAGGCCCUGGUGAUACCAGCUGGUGCAAGAAGAAUCAAAGUAGUGGAGGAGAUACCAUCUCAUAGUUAUCUAGCUUUGAGGGAUACUGGCAAACAGUCUAUUAAUGAUGACUGGAAGAUUGAAGAACCUGGAACUUUUCACAUGGCUGGUACAACCGUUAACUACAUAAGACGAGGACUCUGGGAGAAGAUUUCAGCAAAAGGGCCUACAACCUCUCCUCUUCAUCUUCUGGUGCUGCUAUUUCAUGACCAGAAUUACGGUCUCCAUUAUGAAUAUACAAUACCACUGGAUCCGGUUCCGGAGAACCGCAGCGCAAAAGGGAAUGAGCCUUUAUACAUGUGGACACACUCAGGGUGGGAAGACUGUGACGCUGUGUGUGGAGGAGGGGAAAGAAAAACAACUGUGUCUUGUACCAAAAUUUUGAACAAAAAUAUAACUAUUGUGGAUAACUCCUACUGUAAAGACUUAAUGAAGCCAGAACCACAAAUUAGAAAGUGCAAUGAACAGCCUUGUCAAACAAGAUGGAUGAUGACAGAAUGGAGUCCAUGUUCAAAAACCUGUGGUAAAGGAACUCAGAGCCGGCAGACAGCAUGCACACAACAGCUCAGAAAUGGAACUCUGAUCACAGCUCGAGAAAAAGACUGCCCUGGACAUAAGCCUGCAUCAACCCAGCGCUGUGAGGGCCAGGACUGUAUGACAGUGUGGGAGGCCGGAGUGUGGUCUGAGUGCUCCUUGAAGUGUGGUAAGGGUGUAAGACAUCGAACUAUUAGAUGCACAAAUCCUCGAAAGAAAUGCAUGAUAUCCACAAGACCAAAAGAAAUGGAAGACUGUGAAGAUUACUCCAAGUGUUACAUAUGGAGGACGGGAGACUGGUCUAAGUGUUCCGUGACUUGUGGAAAAGGCAUGCAAUCAAGAGUAAUUCAAUGCAUGCACAAAAUUACUGGAAGGCAUGGAAAUGAAUGUUUUUCAUCUGAAAAACCAGCAGCCUAUAGACCAUGUCAUCUACAAGCCUGCAAUGAAAAAGUAAAUGUUAACACAAUAACGUCUCCAAGACUUGCUGCUUUAACCUUCAAGUGUCUACAAGACCAGUGGCCAGUUUAUUGCAAAGUUAUACGGGAGAAGAAUCUAUGUCAAGACAUGAGAUGGUACCAGCGCUGCUGUGAAACAUGCAGGGACUUUUAUGCUCAGAAAAUGCAACACCGGAGUUGACCUUAGUUUUGACACAUUUAAUAAUGUUACAAUACGUAAAGAAACCCACAUCUCUAGCAUAACGCAACCAAAAUAUUUCAGAUUUCAUAUAAUUUAAUCAAUUUAAUUUAUUAUUUUUUUCACGUUACGCAUCACACUUGCUUUUUCACAUCACACAUUUCUGCUAUGUAACCUACAUUUUUGCAAGUCAGAAACAUAUUUAUGCUUUUAUAAAAAUAAAAAAUAAAUCUCCUGGGUCACUUAUGAAUGGAAAAGCUCAUGCAAAGGUGCUUAACAUUGUAUUGUUACUUGUCAGAGACAAUGCAAAGUGAAGACACCCCUGUGUCUACUAUACAUAAAGGCAGCUGAUCUAUCUGUGAACAAUCAGACCUUCAGGAUACUAGUCUUUCAUGAGACAUGCCAGUCCACUGUUCAAUGUAUGUAAGCUCCCUAUUAAAGUAAAACUUUAGGCAAAACUUAUUUUUUUCUUUUAACUUUGGACAGAGUAAGGGAAUGGACCCCUGUCCAUUUUUUUUUUUUUGCAAUCUAUAUCCCAUUGGGGAGAUUUACCUUCACUUUUUGUCUCUAAAGCCUCAUCACACGGAUGGACCGUUCAGGUCCGCCUGUCAGUUUUGACGGCGGACCUGAACGGCCGCUCCAUGCAU